AUGAAGGUUUAUUGUAACGAACAGGUGCCCUACGGAAAACCAACACCCAUCGUCAUAAGCAUGAAGGUACGACCAGUAAAGACCACAAUCACAGUGAGUCUCAGUACUCCCACCUAUUUGCUGGCCUUCUUUGAGGUUGGAAAUGAGUCUGAAAAGAAGCCACCGGAAUGGAAAAGAACCUCAUCCAUCAGCAAAGAGCUGGCGGUGCUAGCCAUACCCGAGUGUUCUCAGCCGGUGCCUCCACGUAAGAUACUGAUCACGAGGGGUUUCUAUGUCAGAGCUGUAUUUCUGGAAAAGUGUAAUUUGACAAUUGAGAAGGGAGUCUACAAUUGGAGUCUCAGUAAUGCUGUGGGGUUGACACAGCUUGCAACAUAUUCCACGGAUGGACCACUUCUCAAAGUCCAACAAUAUUCCUGGAGAUAUCCAACAUCCCAAGAACUCUUGAGGGACUUUUAUCUCCUAAAAGUCGAGGGAAGAUUUGAAGGUUUGUAUUACGCAGCCCGAUGUUACCUAAAGGUCGAAAUGGGCCCCGUGGAAGCUGUAAUUUCUGGAGGAAAACACAGAAGAUCCGGCCAAAAGGACAUACUUUGGAUAAACGGCUCUAUGAGCUAUGACUUCUCGAAGAGAUCUUCGGAAAAACAAUUUUCUACGUUUCUUUGGAAUUGCAAGUCAAUCGAUGAUAAAAACAAUCCAUUUUGCCGCCCCAAUAUAUCGUCGGAGGCUGCCUUUAGUAUUCCUGGGAAUUCCUUAAAAACAGGAUGUACAUACGUCUUUCAAUUGCAAGUGUCCAGGGAUCACAAUCCACGGAUAUCAUCGGAAAUGUAUCAAAAUGUUGCCAUUGUUGGUCGCAGCGUACUUCAAGUAAAAAUUGAAUGUCUAAAGAAUUGCCAGAGGGAUUUCUACACUCCGAAUUCCAGAGUUAAGCUAAAGGCAGUUUGCUUAAACUGCGAAAAUAUGAAUGCAGCUCAAAGAUGGUCCAUAGAUGGCCAGAAAAUGUUUAGUACCAAGGAAAUAACAUUACACAUCCGGAAGGGAACCAACCGGACCCAAGUUGAGCUGGCAAUGUUAGCGGAAGACGGACGCUACGAAAGAAAUGUCAAGACCCUGGUCAGGAAUUCUGGACCCACCGGAGGAAAGUGUACGGUUAGUCCCAGGGAAGGGCAAGAGGCCAUCACCAACUUUGUGCCAUGUUGCCAAAGGUUUGUUAGCCAAAAUCAGCCUAUAGAAUAUUGGUACUACGCGGGGAAAGUGCUUCUUGGCAGUUGUCUGGAUUGCAACUGCGGUGUACGCUUACCCGCCACGAGUUUCCUGCAAGUCCUGGCCUGCGAAGCCCUCUAUGCUUGCCACUCCAGUUGGAUAAAAGUCAAAGUGACUCCUCUGGUGGGAAUACCCACCCAACCGGCAGCCUUGCAGAAAUAUAUGAUAAGUUCGUCGAACAGUUUUGUCAAGCUCUUGAAAGGAGGACUCUACUCGAGCUACUUGCAGUCCUUAAAUGCCAUAGCAUCACGCAUAAGUCUCGCCGACUCGGGAACUACUCUUCUUCAUGGCUUCGAAAAUAUCCAACCAUACACCCCAAGCUCCCUUAGUUUAUUGGCGAACUUAACCCGGACAUUGGGCCAACGUUUACCCACCUCCGAUCCCAAGACCCAGGUCCUGCUCAUUAUGCUAGUCAGAAAACUGACCUAUAACUUUCAAGAGGUAAUGAGCAACGUGGAUGCUGUGGAUAUGACUCAGAAACCCUUUAUAAGUACAACUCUGGCCUGUCUAGAAGUCUAUAGAUUAAUGCAGAAAAUCGCUGAGAAAAUCCCUCAACCUCCGGCCUCCAUUUACGAUCGGUAUCAGAAGGCAUUCUUGAAAGGAUCCUUGGACCUGGACUUUGUGGAUAAGCUCCAUUCUGAAAUAGCAAUAAGAAGGACUUCGCAUGGGAAUUGGCUUAAUUUCAUGUGGGCAAAGGAUCAUUUGGGAUUUUUAAUGAAUAUUUUUCAACACAUAAACAAAGAUCAAAAUAUGCAGGACAAUAAGUCAUCGCCCAAGGCUGAAGUGCUAGUUCAGUGCUUUGAAACUCAGACGAAUGAUACAAUUAUAGUUCAUAGCACCGAUAGUUUGUAUAGUGUAGUCCUAUCAAGGAAACUUUUUGAUGAAAUAUUGGGCACAGGGGAAACGGAAAUCUGUUUCAAAUUGAUCUCCAUUCAAAGGACACUAAACUGGUGGUAUCCAGAUGAAAAACGGCCGACUUCUCGUAUGCUUUCGGUGCGAAUUUUUGAAAAAGGCGAGGAUGUGUUUACCAAGCAGAUUAAGCUCCUGAAAAGUGAACUUGGGUAUGAAACAAAUAUGACUAUUCACACCACAUCGCCAGCGAAAGACAAAGACGUAAUGACCAAGAACCCAAGGCAGACGCAUGAUGCUCUAAAGGAGAUCCAUGCCGGGAGAUACAUCAGUGUCGUAAGGAAUGGACAGCUUGAAACCCUACAGUCCGUUCAAUUAUAUCGAAUUAUCCUAGAUGAACAGACCGUAAUGGCUGUCCAUUUCACAAGAAGCACCCACAAGCUGCAAGUCAAGCUGAAGCUCGAAGUGAAGCCAUUGUGGUCGGAGAUAUCCAAGUCCUGGUGUGUUGUUCCCUCGUUGAGCACAAACACGACUUUUCUGUUACGAAACAAAUGCCAUCAACCGAAACGUGCCUAUAUGGCAUUGCGGGUUUGGUCAAAGAUCCCCAUCUGGAACUGUCCGAACACAACGCUAGUCGACGGUCCGGCGUUAUAUACCUUUGCCUUUCAGAUCCGCUCAUGCGCCUCGUGGCUCUAUAACCGUAAGCCCGACCAGCAGGGAUGGGACCAAGGCGGCUGCGUCCCCACGAUGGACUUCAGUGUGGCCCGGAAAUUGCGGUGCAUUUGCAAAGUCCUGGGAACCUACACGAGCUACGUGUAUUACAUACCUGCCAUUAAGGUUUCAGUGGGUACCUUCACGAAACCCAGCUUACAUAAGGGAGUUGUUGCAUUUUACUCGUUACUGCUCAUAUUUAUUCUACUCAGUAUGUAUUGGCUAUAUCGAUAUGCGAAUAAUCUUCCCGCCAAAAGUAUUUUCAUUCGAAUGCCCGCCGACGACGACGCCGAGGAUGAUGAAGAGCUCCAUGAUCUGUUGAUAAAGUUGAACACCGAGGGUAGAGUAAACAGCCAGACCACAGCCUCUGUGACCUUGGUUUUAAUAUCUAUAAACCAAAAGAAGCGAAAAAUUAGGAUACCACAGGAUCCGGAACGUAGCUUCCUUAACCGAAACUCAACACUCAAUGUGUGGCUGCGAUCGCGGGAGAUUCGUAUACCCACCAAAUUGAUGAUUUACCAUAACAACGCCGGACGGUAUCCAAGUUGGUUUUUGCGACGCAUCGAGGUGAGCGAUGUCCAGACCCAAGAAACGCAGAUCUUCGUUGUUAGGAAAUGGGUGACCGACAAGGUUUUAAGCCUGGAACCUACAACGAUCUUCCGAAAGGAUCAGGUCCGCGCCCUGGGCACUUAUCGUAGGCGCUUCAGGCUCCACAUUGAGAUGCUCUUCUGCAACUGGGCACUUUGGCAGCCGUUGACUGGUAAUUGGAGGGAAAACGAUCACUUUAAAAGCAUCUCGCGGGCCAAGCGGUUCUGUGCGUUCGUGAGCAAGCUCGUCAUUGCCUACACUUCCUGCGCCAUCUACUUCCAGAAGACCACCAUUGAGUCCCUUCAGCUCCACCGCGAUAAGUUCUUAACCUACAAGGAUCUGUUAUUUCUAAUACUGCUGGUAACCACCACGGAUUUUAUAUUUCAGGUUUUGUUUAAAUUAACCGCACACCAUUUGCUAAUGGUUAAAGAUUCCUUUUAA